CCCCCAUCUCCAUCUAUAUAUACAGUUCCAAUCCCUCACUUGCCUCUCACCUUCUUCCCUUGUUUCUUCACUUGUGUGACCGGGGGUUUCAGUUUCAGGCCUUGAUAUGGAUUUCCUAGGAUAUAUCAUAGUAGCUCUUCUCACAGGGUUGAAGAGUGUUGAGGGAUUUGGAGGUGGAUGGUCUGAUGCCCAUGCUACUUUCUAUGGAGGUGGCGAUGCCUCCGGAACAAUGGGAGGGGCCUGUGGAUAUGGCAAUCUUUACAGUCAGGGGUAUGGGACAAACACAGCUGCAUUGAGCACAGCUCUUUUCAACAAUGGGUUGAGCUGUGGAGCUUGCUAUGAGGUUAAAUGUGUGAAUGAUAAGAGAUGGUGUUUACCGGGAUCCAUCACAAUCACAGCAACUAACUUCUGCCCACCAAACAAUGCUCUCACUAAUAAUGCAGGAGGCUGGUGUAAUCCUCCCCUGCAGCACUUCGAUCUUUCUCAACCUGUUUUCCAGCACAUUGCUCAGUACAAAGCUGGAAUAGUUCCCGUUCAGUACAGAAGAGUUGCAUGCAAGAAGACCGGUGGAAUCAGAUUCACAGUCAAUGGCCAUUCAUACUUCAAUCUUGUUCUCAUUACAAAUGUUGGUGGAGCUGGUGAUGUAGUCUCUGUAUCCAUCAAAGGCUCUAAAACCAGUUGGCAAGCAAUGUCUCGCAACUGGGGACAAAACUGGCAGAGUAACACUUACCUUAACGGUCAAGCCCUCUCCUUCAAGGUCACUACCAGCGAUGGCCGCUCUGUAGUGUCGAACAAUGUGGCUCCACCCAACUGGGAUUUUGGACAAACCUUCAAUGGGAGACAGUUCUGACCCACCCUACUCAAUCCCCUUCCCAAAUCUAACCAAAAACACACUCAAACCUAACCUCUCACCUCUAACUUUAGUGUCACCUUCUUGUCUUUUUACUGAUUAUACUAUUAAGUGUAUACGGUGUGGUAUAUAUUUUGCUUUAAGUAUUGAGAGAAUGGUUGGUGGGCUUUUUUGAACAGCCCUGAUUGAUUAUUCUCUGACUCUAUCGUUGUAUUCCCAGAGGGGUUUGCGUCUAGACUAACAGGUCUUCCCCAUCUGCAGAGGACCUCUACUAAGUAUAAUUAGGGUAUGGUUUUGUUGUCGCCGUGGAGCAACAUUUGGCUGAGGUGAACAAGGCUUGUCACCCGCCCAAAAGAUCAAAUGCUUUUCUUUUAUGAUAAUUAUUAUUACUGUUGAGAGAAAUGUUGACGUGAUAGCUUUUUCUUUUCGUUUUUUUUUUUCCGCUCUGAGGCUUUGAGAGUGAAGUCAGUGUAACCCAGUUGUGACUGAAACAUGCAAGUGUUUGGAUGAGUGUGGUAAUUGGCACAUGUAUUCUCUAUGUAUCACAUGGGAAGAAAUGUUCAGUUAUGGUUUUUUGUGUUUUUUUCAUUC